GCUUAGGUCUGCGCUAGGGAUCUUAGUUCACCUUUGCAAUUGAUACAGACACAGGAAUCCCUAACCCUGUUCCCUGCCUCCAGAAAGACACACGCCCACAGUCUCUUGCGCUCCAGCCCAGUGCCGCACCGGGCAGCCUGGCAGCGGGUUCCCGCUGAAGGCGAUGCUUACAGGGAUCCUAGCUCCUGUGCUGGGAAGGAGGGAGUAGUACCCAGCAGGAAAGCGAGGAGGCUGCUGGUUAGAGCGGCCGGGGGCUGUGCUGCGGGAGGACACCGCCUUUGCUUCACUGGACACCUGCUGCAGAAGCCUGGCCACCAUGAUCCGCAUGGUCUCCCUGCUGCUGGGAGCUGCGCUGCUCUGCAGCCACUCAGCCUUUGCCCGACGGGUGGUCAGCGGUCAAAAGGUGUGCUUUGCUGAUGUGAAACAUCCCUGCUACAAAAUGGCCUACUUCCAUGAACUGUCUAGCCGAGUGAGCUUCCAGGAAGCACGGCUGGCUUGUGAGACUGAAGGAGGUGUCCUCCUCAGUCUUGAGAAUGAAGCUGAACAGAAGUUAAUAGAGAGCAUGUUGCAGAACCUGACAAAACCUGGAACAGGGAUUUCAGAUGGAGACUUCUGGAUUGGACUUUUGAGAAGUGGAGAUGGCCAAACAUCUGGCGCCUGCCCAGAUCUUUACCAGUGGUCUGAUGGAAGCAGCUCCCAGUUCAGAAACUGGUACACUGAUGAACCUUCUUGUGGAAGUGAAAAGUGUGUUGUCAUGUACCAUCAACCAACUGCCAAUCCCGGCCUAGGAGGUCCCUACCUUUACCAGUGGAAUGAUGAUAGGUGUAACAUGAAGCACAAUUACAUCUGCAAGUAUGAACCUGAGAUUCAGCCAACAGACCCUGUUGAAAAGCCAUUUCUUACAAACCAACCUGGAGACACGCAUGAGAAUGUGGUUGUUACGGAAGCAGGUAUAAUUCCCAAUCUAAUUUAUGUUAUUAUACCAACGAUUCCACUACUUUUACUGAUACUUGUUGCUUUCGGAACCUGUUGUUUCCAGAUGUUGCAUAAAAGUAAAGGAAGAACAAAAACUAGCCCAAACCAGUCUACACUGUGGAUUUCAAAGAGCACAAGGAAGGAAAGUGGCAUGGAAGUAUAAUAUUUAACUGACUUUGCUCCAGAAAAAAAAAAAACAUAGUUUUGUAAUUCUUGAUCAGUGUAAGGAAUGGCAUCAUUAGCUUGGAAUGGCUUAAAAAAAAUCUCAAAGGAUCUGCAAGAUGAACUAUAAGCUCCCCCUUGAGGCAAACGUCAAAAUAAUUUUUAUAUGUCCAUAGUUACACUUACAAAAUAUGCUGUGUUGAUCAUGGAGUGAGGAGAUCUGCUUUCUCAGCCAAAGGAUGCACCAAACUUCAUGUAAAUGAAAUUGACCAUGCAGUAAAUUUCAGUGGACACAUCUGGAGUGCCUGUGUUGGAAAUAGUUACUUUUGCUUUUUUUUCAUUUUCAUAAUUGAUCAGUAUUGCUUUAUUUCAUGUAAUAUAAUUUGGAUUCACAUUUACAGUGUGCAGAAACAUUCUACCUUUGCAAAAGUGUCUGAUAAAUAUGGAGUGUUCAAAUAUUUAUAUUUAUGGCAUUUCAUUUUUGCAUACAUGCUAUUUUGAUUAAAUACUGAAAAUACUGAAUUCACAUAGACACAAAGAAAUCUUUCCAUUGGGAAAACUUUUUUUAUUCUUUUUUUUUUUUGCAGAAAUAGUUCAUGUUUUUCCAUUUCUGUUUUUGGUUGCAUAAGGUUAGGAAAUCUCUUCAGAAAUAAGAAACUGUUUCAUUGACUGUGUUUUAAAUCUCCUGAAAACCUUUACUUAAAGGCAAGAACUGUCUAACUUCAAUUGUGCAAGACACGUGCCUUACAAUUAUUCUUAAUUUAAAAUUAAACUGAGUUUUGUAAUAAAAUGUCUUUAUUAAUAGUGUAUAUACACCAAUGUAGUUUAUCUUGGAAAAAAGUGGCAUCACAGUACAAAUCACAGGUCUUCACACGUUGCCUAUAGAAUUGCAAGCUGUUCUCCAAGUGUCUGGACUCAAGGUGCAGCUCCUCCCUGUCAACCGAACAGGGUGGCUGUUGGAGGGCUGGAAUUGACCCUGGAGUCAGACAGCUGCAGUUCAGCUAGGGUUUCUAACUGAAUUUAGCUUGUAUUGAUAUAUAGGCCUGAAUGGUUUUCAGCAGUGUGAUGCUAAGCAGAAUACACUGAUAUUAUCAAUUAAGAACAAAACAAAAACUACAAAUCACACCAGUUCACGGGCCAGGGGCUAGAUGCCAUUGAUGUUUAGAUAUCUUUGAUGAGGGUUUGUUCAUGAUUGUGAACUGUGGCUCCCUUCUGUCUGAUCCAGUUUCCUCAACAGGUAGCAUUUGUUCUUCUCAAGAGAGAGUUGUGACUAUUUUGUCUUCAAAUGUCCCGAUGUUACUUUUGAUCAAAUAAAAAGUGCUUA